AUGUUUCGUUUACUUAAAUCAUUUAAUAAUUAUUAAAUUAUUUGCACGUGUUCCUUUAAUAAAUUCUAUUAUUUUUUUUCAUUAAAAAAGGUUGCAUACACUUGUUUAAAAAAAUCUCCCGCCAUCAUUUCAAAUUCAUUCGACCGGAAAUUCGUCUAUAGAUGCGUUUGUUUCCGAAAAGUGAACGUUUCACGAGUCAACAGCAUCGUUUUUCGAGAAGUUCUAAGCGCUGUUUGCGACAUUUUUCUUUCAUUUAUUCGUUAUCCAAUGUUAUAAGUGAUGAAAUAACACGUUGUUAAGCGAUUAAUAUUGAUAUUAGUGUUCAUAGACGUUAAAAAAGUAAUCGACAGAUUACGAUAAGCUAAUAUGGGCGACGAAAGCCACCCGAAAACUCUCUACGUCGGUAAUUUGGACCCGAGUGUCACAGAAGUUUUCCUAUGUACGUUGUUUGGUCAAAUAGGCGAUGUAAAAGGUUGCAAGAUUAUACGGGAGCCAGGAAAUGACCCGUAUGCAUUUCUCGAGUUUACGUGUCACACGGCGGCGGCCACAGCGCUGGCCGCCAUGAACAAGCGAGUGGUCCUCGACAAGGAAAUGAAGGUUAAUUGGGCGACGAGUCCUGGUAACCAGCCGAAGACGGACACUAGUAAUCAUCAUCACAUAUUCGUGGGCGAUCUGUCUCCAGAAAUCGAAACAAACAUACUCCGAGAGGCCUUCGCUCCAUUUGGUGAGAUAUCGAACUGUCGCAUAGUACGCGAUCCUCAAACGCUCAAAUCCAAGGGUUAUGCUUUUGUAUCAUUUGUAAAGAAAGCAGAUGCCGAAGCUGCCAUCCAGGCAAUGAAUGGCCAGUGGCUGGGAUCAAGAUCCAUACGUACGAACUGGUCAACGCGUAAACCACCAGCGAAGGGUGUGAAUGAAGGCGCGCCCAGUAGUAAGAGAGCAAAACAGCCAACAUUUGACGAAGUUUAUAAUCAAAGCUCACCGACAAACACCACAGUUUACUGUGGCGGUUUCACAAGCAACAUUAUUACUGAAGAGUUAAUGCAGAACACAUUCUCACAAUUUGGUCAGAUACAGGACAUCAGAGUUUUCAGAGAUAAGGGCUAUGCAUUCAUUAGGUUUACUACAAAGGAAGCUGCAGCACAUGCCAUAGAAGCUACACACAAUACAGAAAUAAGCGGUCACACAGUCAAAUGUUUCUGGGGGAAAGAGAAUGGAGGUGCUGAAAACCAGGUUCGACACACGGCAGACUCGAACAGCACGGUCCCAGAUCAGAGCGGGAACAACUCGUCGGCGGCGCCUCCAGCGAUGGGCGGCCAGUCCCAAUAUCCUUACCCGUAUCAGCAAGGAAUGGGCUAUUGGUAUGCUCAGGGCUACAUGGCUCCCGGGUACUACCAGCAGUACGCGGCCGCGUACAGCAACCCUCAGGCCGCCGCGGCAGCGGGGUACCGCAUGGGAAUGGGCGGUAAUGGCGGCGGCGGCGCCGGGUGGGGCGGCCCCUCGCAACCCCUCAUGUACGCGUCGGCCGCCAUGCCCUCCGCGCAGUACCCCUCCCAGUAGCAAGGCCGCACUCCCCCGCCCCCCGCACCACCGCCCCUCGUCGCCCCGCACACCGAGCCACCCCUCUGUCGGUCACAGAGGGACAGACUAUGACGACGCGCGGCGCCGCCGUGACGUCACACCGAACGUUAUGAGAACAUACAGCAAUACCUCUAAGACUGUCUUACUAAUGUAUCUAAUGUAUAAUGAAAGAUGAUAUUUUCUAUAAAGCUAGUCAGUUAAUUUCUUCUAUCUGAACUGAUAUUGCAGUGGAAUUUGUAUUCGAUGACGUCAGCGAGCCAGUCUGUUUCGCAAGGGGACUGUAAACGAAUAUCCGUGAGUUAGACACCGCUAGAAGUCGAUUUGUGAAACGCAGUCUCUGCGAGCGACGCCGCGCCUCCGCGAGAGGGCGCCGGCUGCGGCGGCGAGACCUUCAUAGAUAGGACAUAACGAAAUAAAUUAUAAUUUUUUAAAGAGGUUAUUAUGAGGGGAUCUGUCGCGUGUGUGGACUCCUGUACAUAAGGUUGAUAUUUAUUGCGGCCGGCGGACGCGCCGCAACCCUGGACUCUGCUCACCAGACCGAUACACAUAUUUAUAUUAAGUUCACCGUAAGUUGUUUUGUUUGACCUGAAUUGUUAUGAUUUAUUGUAAUGGCAAACUGAUAUGUCAAUAAAGAAGUGGGUCUGGGAA